AUGGACCGAACGAACAUUAUCGACGACAACGAAGUCGCGCGCGCCAUGAGUUUGGCUACGCCGAGGAAAGGCAAAGGAAAGGGUAAGAAAAAAGCUCCUGAAUCCCACGCGAGCAGUCCUUCAAAGCAGAAGAGUACCACUGUACCAACUGCGAGGGCAAGGGCAAAAAGCACGACCCCAGCUACACCUUCCACUCCGACGAGGACUUCUGGGGCUAGGUUCUACGAGGCGAACGGCUUGAGGAUUCCACUGUACAACAAAGACGGCUUGGGCAACAAAAGGAGGCCGUACGCUCGCUUAUCCAAGGGCCUGCUCAAGUACAGCGUGGACGACUUACUUGACAUGGUAGAGCAGUAUGCAGGCGCGGAGAAGAGGCAAGAGCUGAAGGACGAGGGACUAGCAAAAUCAAGGCUGGCGAACUGGAUCGAAAAGAAGGAGACACUUGCUCUUGGACGCAAUCCGAAGUCGACACUAUCUAUCGCAGACGAAGAAGAAGAAGCCGAUGAUGCUGAUGACGCCGUCUCCUUCCCGGCCCCCACCACCCCGACGUUUUCCAGUGUGAGAACACCGAUACAGGCCAAUACUCCCUCUACAACUGUCAACAAAAAAUAUGACUCGCCAAUUACGAUCAAAGACAGUAGUACCUCCCGUCAAUUUAGUCACCGGAAGAGAAGCGCACCUGAUGAGCCACCGGACGGCCGGCCACACACGAAGCUUCAGAAGCGUGACGCACUAACAAACACGGCUGCUACAAAUACCGGACAUUCGGCUGAGGAUGAGUUCACAGGCACCCUAGUCGACUACAAUAUACCAACGCUUUCGCAAACGGAAAGGCAAACAUCUGUAUAUAACGCCAAAGGGUCCCGCCACGAUGCUUUCAUGCAGACUACUGGCAUGAAUCCUUUGGAUCCCGACCGCUCUUCGAUAAUCAUUCGCGGACGUAAUGAGGAUCGCGUGCUCACAGCGACAUCUGGCCAAGGUUAUCGCAAGGGCGAGACGUACUUCCAUGAGACCACAAUACCACAUCGCGCUACCAAGCCCAAAAAAUCUCCUUCCGCCCCGUAUCUGAAAGAAGGAGAGCACGGGCGUAAAGGUGACUUCCAAGCCGACAACGACCGGCGCACGGGCGUGGGCCAUCAAUUUGAACCGGACGACUAUCUCAAGUGGUCAGAGUUCAAGAAGUUCCACAGCACGAUCUACGAGCAGUUUCCACACUAUCCAAAGCCGAACCAGGGGAUAACAAUCGACCUUGAGACGAAGGAUUCAUGGGAUGCAUGGCAAAUUUGGUAUGAUGAGUUCACGAAGAAGUACCCUGGCUAUGCCGUCGCGCACUUGUGGCCUUGUGGCUGCGAGAAGGUGAGAGACGAGGAUGAGAGUGAGGAGGAGUAG